CUAUAAGUAUCUUAAAUAAAAUGUAAAAAGAGUCUCCGUUUAUUUGCAAACAAGAGAAUCGAUCAAAUUAAAAAUGGUACUAUCGAUGGACCGUUGGGUAGGCAAAGUCGCCGUGGUGACGGGAACCAGCGCAGGAAUUGGAUAUGCGAUAGCAGAAGAAUUAGUAAAAAUUGGACUUAUAGUUGCUGGAUUAGCUCGUAGGAAAGAGCGCACUGAAGAGCUUUCGAAAAAAUUAUCAGGAGAAAAAGGAAAAUUAUACGCUCUAAAAUGUGAUGUAACCAAGGAAGAAGAUAUCUUAGAAGCUUUCAAAUGGGUUAGAGAAAAUCUCGGACCAGUAUCUAUACUUGUAAACAACGCCGGUUUAGCGCAGGACACCACUCUGAUAGAUGGGGAUAUCACGAAAUGGAAAACUGUAAUAGAUACGAACGUUCUUGGUCUUUGCAUUGCCACAAGGGAGGCGAUUAAAGACAUGAAAGCUAAUAACAUUGAUGGUCACAUAAUUCACAUGAACAGUCUUACAGGCCAAAAAGUUGUAUACGUUCCUGUUUUCAAUGUUUAUCCCGCUACCAAAUUCGCCGUUACGGCGCUGGCGCAGACCUUGAGAUACGAGAUAAACAGUCAGAAUCUUAAAAUCAAAAUAACUAGUGUUAGUCCUGGGCUCGUAGACACAGAAAUUAUUCAAACGGACUUUGGAGAGGUAAUGAACGGAAAAGGUGUCGAUCUGACCUGUAGACUUCGAUCCGAAGAUAUAGCUGACGCUGUUGUUUACGCGCUAUCUACACCUCCACAUGUACAGGUUUCCGAGGUAACAGUUCAACCGGUAGGGGAGAUAUUUUGAGAGCAAUUAAAAAAUCGGCAACAAUUAUUACCGAAUCCCUGUUGCCAUAUUUGCAAUUCUUAAUGCAUUUUUUACCUGGGCAUCGAUUGCAUACCGUCAGUUUUGAUUUUCAUUAUUUGGUUCGUGUUUUAAAAAUAUACCAAU